UUUGUAAGAUUAGGUUGGUAUCUGCACGGUCUUGUGAUCGAACAGCUGAAGAAAGCGAAGAAGAGGAAAAAGAUUGGAGGUCUGAUACUUCGAACAAAAUAAUUUCUGUAUAAAUUAACACAAAAUCUCACCAAAUAACAAUCAUGGUGGACCGUGCAAAUAUCAAGCAGAUUAUACCGGCAUUGCCGGAUGAAAAAAUUGAUAUGCUGGCAGCUACAAGUGUGCUCCAACAGCAAGCUGCUGAUAUUAGAAAUCAACGAAUUAAUUGGCAGUCAUAUUCCCAAUCUCAAAUGAUAUCGAAAGAAGACUAUGAUUUUAUAGCAGCUUUUGACACAAGUGAUGCUAAGGCAAGAGAAAAUAAGCUGAAGGAAAAUCCACAUCAGGCAGCUAAAACAUUUCUUAAUUUGCUUGGUCAUAUUUCAAAGGAUCAAACAAUUCAAUAUAUUCUUACUAUGAUUGAUGACAUGCUACAGGAGGAUCGUAAUCGUGUGGAAAUUUUUCGUGAGCAUUCUACACGAAAACGAGAAUCUGUUUGGGGGCCAUUUCUUAAUCUGUUGAAUAGACAAGAUGGCUUUAUAAUGAAUAUGACAUCACGUAUUAUAGCCAAGUUAGCUUGCUGGAGUCAUGAUCUUAUGGAAAAAACUGAUCUUCAGUUUUAUUUGACAUGGCUCAAGGAUCAAUUAAAACUUAGUUUUGAUGCCCUUCAAGAUCACAAAGGCUUGCAUGCGGGACUAGAACAAGACAUUGCUGUGGAACAGGCCAAGGAGGCCCAUGAGCUGCACGAAUUGCUCAAUCCGAAUAAUGAAUACAUUCAAUCAGUGGCACGUUGUCUACAAAUGAUGCUUCGUAUAGACGAAUAUCGCUUUGCGUUCGUAUCCGUUGAUGGAAUUUCAACUCUCCUCAGUGUUCUCUCUGGAAGGGUAAACUUUCAAGUGCAAUAUCAACUUAUUUUCUGUCUGUGGGUACUUACUUUCAACCCUCUUCUAGCAGAAAAAAUGAAUAAAUUCAAUGUUAUACCCAUUCUCGCAGAUAUACUUAGCGAUUCGGUCAAAGAAAAAGUAACACGUAUUAUACUUGCAGUAUUCAGAAAUUUAAUUGAGAAAGUGGAAGAUGGCCAAGUAGCUAAGGAACAUUGCAUUGCUAUGGUGCAAUGCAAGGUAUUGAAGCAGCUUUCAAUACUGUGUCAACGGAAAUUCGAUGACGAAGAUAUCACUGAUGAUAUCGAAUUCCUUAAUGAUAAAUUGCAAGCAUCUGUGCAGGAUCUAAGUUCAUUUGAUGAAUAUUCAACGGAAGUGAAGUCUGGUCGUCUGGAGUGGUCCCCUGUUCACAAAUCGGGCAAAUUUUGGCGUGAAAAUGCCAGCCGUCUCAAUGAGAAGAAUUACGAGCUUCUGCGGAUUCUUGUUCAUUUAUUAGAAACCAGCAAAGAUGCUCUCGUCCUCAGUGUGGCUAGUUUCGACAUUGGCGAAUACGUGCGUCACUAUCCACGUGGCAAACAUAUAAUUGAACAACUUGGCGGAAAGCAACGUGUAAUGCAACUUCUCGGGCACGAGGAUCCUAAUGUUAGAUAUGAGGCUCUUCUUGCAGUACAAAAACUUAUGGUGCAUAAUUGGGAGUAUCUUGGAAAGCAAUUAGAGAAAGAACAAACAGGUGUAUCUGGGACGUCCACUAAUAAACCUGGAGCACAAGUGCCGGCAAAAGCCUGAACAUCAUUCAACUUGUAUAAAUCACUUUUUCCGUUCGGAAAAAAAAUACGAGAGUAUUAUAGAGAAUUUGCGCGCGUGAUAUAAUCUACAUCCGUUUAUGUAAAGCGCUUGUAUAAUUCGAGAUAUUUACAUUCCCUUCCAUUCUGUAUUAUUGUAAAAAAAGAGAAGAUAUAAUUGUGAACUCCCAUUUUUCGUGCAAUCCAAUUUUGUAAAAUAAUUUUUGG